UCUCAGCCUUCUCUAAUACUCCUAUCCCCUCGAAUAAUCUCCAAACUAUUAGGACUAUAAUGAACUGUAAGAUUUACUAUAGAUUAUAGGAGCUGGUAGCAUUAUCUCUGCUUAGAAAUACUGGUCAUUAUACUGUUGCUUGCUUUUUCUUUCAGGUAAGCUAAAUCAAAGCUCAUUGAUUCAGCCCCCUGCUCAUCAAGCACAGGGUCCUGCAUUGUCAUCUCACAACUCAGAUCCAACUGACCUAACUCACUUCCAACACUAUGCCAAUUCAAAAUCUCCUAUUGUUAUAACCCUAACUCAGUGACUCAGAACCAAUAUGAGGAUGAUAAGCGUUGAGAAUUAUUUCUCGUGGCAGUCCUUAUGUAUUAAAAUGAAUUCAAGUCUCGCUAGAAUUCUCACCACGAAUAUAGCUGCAGGCUGCGCUGCUGAGGUUAAAAGUUAUCACACUGCUCACCCAUCUUCAGAACACAUCACAGUUGCAGCUGGUAGCGGUUCUGCUCCUCCCGAAAUUACUAUUCACUGUGUAGAAACCGCCUCUCUAUCAAGUAUCCAGUCUUCACCUGCACUCACUAAGAGCGACAACUUGACAACAGGCUCAGGUGGCAGGCUUCAACUGCAGCUAGCACCUCAACCUGCAGAAAGGUCAUUGUUUACUCGCGCAAGACAAACGUGACGAUUGCUUCAGGCGGCGCUCUCUUGCCUAUAAGUGACGAGAAUUAUGUUGCUUACUCCUAUCCUGAGUGAGAAAUUUGCGAGUUGCUGGCUCAAAUGGCAUCAUUGGUUGGAUGAAACUGAAAGGAGACAAUACUCAAGCUGCUGUGUUCUGUUAGCUCCACUUUUCCCCUACUGAACACAUUUUAACUUGUCCAAAAUCAUGAUAUCUCCUUGAGUUGAAAAUAAAAAUACUUGUAUUACAUCAUAGAAAAUACAUUUCAUAUUAAAAAA